GGGGCAGGGGCAGGGGCAGGGGCAGAUCAACACAACUCACGCUGCCAGCCAAAGGAAGCUGCCUCCCGUUAUAACUUAAAUGUCAGCUGUUUUCUGUGUGUUCCUGACUGAAGGAUGGGAACGACAAUGGAUGGUAGUUUCUAAAUAGAUGCGCAGUGCAGGAAUGUGAGGGAGAACACUAGUCGCUGCUGAAGGAUGGAGGAACUAUGACUGGGUGAUGACUUUAACCAACUGUCCUUAAGCAAGCAGUCAUGGUGGAUGUUGGGAAGUGGCCUGUGUUCAGCUUGCUUUCCUCACAGGAAAUUAAAUCCAUUCAGCAAGCCUGUGUCUUUGGUACUUCAGCAACUGAGGCAAUCUAUGUCACAAAAAAUGAUGAAGUGUUUGCACUUGGGGUAAAUUGCAGUAACUGCCUAGGAAUUGGGGACGGUCAGAGUGUAGUUACACCAAAGAAAAUCGAAGCUUUGUGUGGAAAGAAAAUAAUUUCUCUCAGUUAUGGAAGUGGGCCACAUAUUUUACUUGCAACUAAAGAUGGAGAAACUUAUUCCUGGGGCCUCAACAGUUAUGGCCAGCUGGGUAAUGGAACAACUGGUCCGGGCUCAUUGCCUUUUCUUGUCUCAAGCAUGUUCUAUGACAAGACAGUGAUGGAGGUUGCUUGUGGCUCCAAUCACUCUGUGAUCCUAACAACAGAAGGCGAGGUCUACUCCUGGGGUCACAACAACUGUGGGCAAGUUGGAUCAGGAUCUACUGCAAGCCAGGCAACACCACGGAGGGUAACAAACUGUUUGCAGAACAAGAGGGUUGUUACUAUUGCUUGUGGUCAGAUAUACUCCAUGGCUACAGCAGAUAACGGAGAGGUGUACGCUUGGGGUUACAAUGGCAGUGGUCAACUGGGAACAGGAAUCAGUGGAAACCACCUUACUCCUUGCAGAGUGACUGGGUUACAAGGAAUUUGUGUCCUUCAGACUGUCUGUGGUUCUGCUCACACACUCGCACUAACAGAUGAGGGCUUGCUAUAUGCCUGGGGAGCUAAUACAUCUGGGCAGCUGGGUAUUGGAAAUAAAAUCAAUCAGCUGGUCCCAGUGCUGAUCACUGUGGAGAAAGAAAGGAUUGUGGAGAUUGCUGCUUGCCAUUCCACUCACACCUCAGCUGUGAAGACCCAGGGUGGUCAGGUCUACAUGUGGGGAUACUGCCGGGGCCAGUCGGUAACCUUCCCACGUCUCACUCACUUCUCUUGCACAGAUGACGUGUUUGCCUGCUUUGCCUCUCCAGCAGUUACAUGGCGCUUCCUGUCCAUAGAACAGGAUGAUCACCUGACUGUAGCCCAGUCUCUGCACAAGGAGUUUGAUAGCUUGGAAACAUCAGAUUUAAAGUUCUGUGUGGAAGGAAAAUUAAUCCAUGUUCAUAAAGCUGUUUUGAAAAUAAGGUGUGAACAUUUUCAAACUAUGUUUCAAUCCUACUGGAGUGAAGAUGAAAAAGAGGUGAUUGAGAUUGACCAGUUUAGCUAUUCAGUGUAUCGUGCCUUUCUAGAAUACUUGUAUACAGACUGUGUCAAUCUUCCUCCUGAGGAUGCAAUAGGGCUUCUGGAUCUAGCUACUUCUUACUGUGAAAAUAAAGUGAAGAAACUCUGCCAAGAGAUCAUUAAAAGAGGAAUUACUGUGGAGAAUGCUUUCCUAUUGCUGUCAGCAGCUGUCCGUUAUGAUGCAAAGGAUUUAGAAGAGUUUUGCUUCAAAUUUUGUAUGAAUCAUUUGACUGCAGUCACUGACACUGAUGCAUUUUGGCAAAUGGAUGGAGCUCUCUUGAAAGAAUUCAUUGUAAAAGCAAGCAAGUGCGGAGCUUUCAGAAACUGAACUGAUGAGGUAGAUCUAUUCUUGGGACAAUAUAUGGGAAAACUUCAUUUGUAAUGGGAAAUUGAUCCAACUUUGGAACAUUCAAACUCCCUCAUCUCUAACUUAUACUAUUGCCAGUGUGAUUUGUGAGCAACAGGAUGUUCAUCACGUUUCAACAGCAGUUUUGAACAUUCUGGACUACAAUUGUAGCUCGUUUCUUGGCUGCAGUUUAUUUCCUGGAUGUAAAUGUCUGAUCAACAGCAUGUUAUAAUAAAAUAUUAUGUAUAUAGUUAUUACUAAA